ACCACAGCCCUAACUCAGUUCACUACAAACUGGACGGUCCUCUGAAAGCACCAACUUUGAGUCUUUGGAUGAAACUGGAAGAAACAAGUCCAUAAGGACUGUGGACUGUGCCAGAGGCGGGGGCUGACAACUGGCAGUGAAAACAGAAAGAUGGCAGGCCCAAGGCCCAGCAUUCAAGCAGACCCUGAGAUUGAGCUUUUCGUGAAGGCUGGAAGUGAUGGGGAGAGUAUUGGAAACUGUCCUUUCUGCCAACGCCUUUUCAUGAUCCUCUGGCUUAAAGGAGUUAAAUUCAAUGUAACUACUGUUGACAUGACCAGGAAGCCCGAAGAGCUGAAGGACUUGGCCCCAGGUACCAAUCCUCCCUUCCUCUUGUAUAACAAGGAAUUGAAAACUGACUUCAUUAAAAUUGAGGAGUUUCUAGAGCAGACCCUGGCUCCUCCAAGGUACCCUCACUUGAGUCCCAGGAACAAGGAGUCCUUUGAUGUGGGCUGUAACCUCUUUGCCAAGUUUUCUGCCUACAUAAAGAAUACACAAAAGGAGGCAAACAAGAAUUUCGAAAAAGCUCUGCUCAGAGAAUUUAAGCGUCUGGAUGACUACUUAAACACCCCACUUCUGGAUGAAAUUGAUCCAGACAGUGCUGAGGAACUCACAGUUUCCAGAAGAUUGUUCUUGGAUGGGGAUCAGCUGACACUGGCUGACUGCAGCUUGUUACCCAAGCUGAACAUUAUUAAAGUUGCUGCCAAGAAAUAUCGUAACUUUGACAUUCCAGCAGAAUUCUCAGGAGUCUGGCGCUAUCUCCACAACGCCUAUGCCCGUGAAGAAUUUAUCCAUACAUGUCCUGAAGACAAAGAAAUUGAAAAUACCUAUGCAAGUGUGGCUAAACAGUAGUUAGGACAGCUCUUCCAAUAGAAAAGUUCUCUUUUGACUUGUUAUCAUAUUAGAAAAGUUUUUGGAAAUAAGAAUAUGGAAAAUACUGUUUUCUCUGUCCAACUCUCGUAUGGGGGAAAAAUGCUGUAUUUUCUGUAUCUAGUUAGUCCAAACUAUCUGGCCAGUGUGUAUUUUAAAGGUCUUUGUAUUCUUGCUUCAUUUUCUGUAUUCCUAUGGCAUAACCACUGCAGUCAUAACCACUGCGAUCUUAAAUGACAUGGAAAGCAUCAAGAUCUUUUGCUAUUUUAUUGAAUUCCUAGAAUGCAUCAUGUAUGUGUAAGCUCAACAGAUGGCUGAAGUUACAAAUGAUGUAAGUAGAGUCACAAUCUCAAAAUGUUGCUUAGAAACAAUUCCAUCUAAAUCAUUAAAACAAUUUUACACUUUUGUUACUUUAAUAUAUGCAUUGGUUUAUUUCUAAUAUGAAUAAUGAAAUCAGAGAGUGAGCAUAUCAGAGGCAAAUCCUACAAGGAUGAUUUUUUUAAAAAUCAGCACUAGGAAGAGAUCAAGACCAGCUGGUGUUAGAGUGGCAUUCAGCACCUGGAAAUAUGGCUGCCUCACAGAGACGAGAAUAUGACCUGUCUGACUAGAUUAUACUGUUGUUAAAUGAACAAGCAUUCAUUAGAUAAAACAUAAUAAUAAUACUUU